UCUUCGGUUUUUAUUAAUAUCGUUUUUAUCAUAAAUUCAAGCGUUUCUAAUUGUUAUUUGUAUACUUUUACUAAUUAUUUUUAUUAGGAAUAAUUAUUACUACAAAAUUCUUUAUAAUGUGGUUCAUACUUUUCGCAAUCUGCAUCUUUAAAAUAACGUGUAUUUUUAUCUUCAUUAUCUAUUGCGUUGUCACUUUUCUUCUGGUUAUGUAUAACGCUCAAACAGAAGAAUUGAAAAAAUGUAUUGUACCUCAAGAUACAAUUGUGGAAGAAGAAUUCCCAAUCGAAAGUCGCGAUAGCGUAGAUGAUAAAUUGGAAAUAUUAACGGAAAAACUUACGGAGAAAGAACAUGUGUUACAAAAAUCGCAAUGUGAAAUAAAAGAUGCAGAAAAAGUAUUGACUGAUUUGGAAAAUAAAACAUCUUCUUGUCGAGAUCGAUAUCGCUCGUUAAUGAUUGAUUUGAAAAAAGAUAUUCGGAAGACUGAAGAUGAGGUAAGAAUGUUACAAAAUCAAAUUUCAAGUUUAUCAAUUCGACGAGAAGCUCUUCGAAGUGAAGUAUUAAAGCAACAAGAAGACUAUCAAAAAAUGCUGAAUAGUUUCUCUAAAGAAUUGGAGAAUAAAAAAAUAUUAUUCUCUUCGAGUAUUGAGAAAUCAAGACAUCCUCGUGUGAGUUAUUUCAUUUUACCAUAAAAAAUUUUAUCGUCUUCUUGUAUGCAUAAUAAUUAAUUUUUUAUUAAAUGUUCACAGUAUUGUUUUUCAUAUUAAAGAAAGAAAAUUAGAACAAAUAAUUAAGAAGACAUUAUCAAAUACUACUUUAUCGAACAUCGAUUUAAUAUCGAAUAGUUGUCAGAAUAGUUGUUUUUGAUUGAGUUGUAAUGUUUAUUUAUUAUUCACAAUAUGUACAUUUGAGUAAAUAAUCGAUAUGAAAGUUUUUUACUUUCAAAUGCAUGGUAAAAAUUAAUAUUGAAACAAAAAUUUAAUUCGAGUUUUAUGAAUUUCGAUUAUUCAUAUAAAUUAUUUCUUAUAUAGAAAGCA